GCGGCGGUGGCGGUAUCGGUCCAGAUGAUCCAUGGCCAUUAGCCACUCCAGAUAUGCCCCAAAUCAAGAACUUACAAGUCCAAUGUGAAAAGACACAUAUGCGUGUUAACAUCGAAUUCGAUCGACCUUUCUAUGGUAUGAUUUUCUCGAAAGGAUUCUACAGCGACUCACAUUGUGUGCACUUGAAACCCGGAACUGGUCACUUGAGUGCCACUUUUGAGAUAUUUUUGAAUAGCUGCGGUAUGUCUUCAUCCGCAAACCAUAACGCCGUUGCCGGUAAUUACGGUCAUGGAAAUAGUCCCACUCCAAGUGGAAGUUACGUUGAGAAUACAAUCAUUAUCCAAUACGAUCCAUAUGUACAAGAAGUUUGGGAUCAAGCCAGAAAAUUGCGGUGUACUUGGUAUGAUUUCUACGAAAAAGCCGUUACGUUCCGACCAUUCCAAGUGGAUAUGUUACAUGCAGUCACUGCUAACUUUUUGGGUGAUAACUUACAAUGUUGGAUGCAAAUUCAAGUGGGUAAAGGACCAUGGGCUUCUGAAGUAAGUGGAAUUGUUAAAAUUGGUCAAACCAUGACAAUGGUCUUAGCUAUCAAAGAUGACGAAAAUAAAUUUGACAUGUUAGUACGUAACUGCGUUGCUCAUGACGGUAAACGUGCUCCAAUUCAAUUAGUUGACCAAUAUGGAUGCGUUGUACGACCAAAAAUUAUGAGCAAAUUCCAAAAAAUCAAGAACUUUGGACCAUCUGCUUCAGUAGUUUCAUUCGCUUACUUCCAAGCAUUCAAAUUCCCUGAUUCCAUGAACGUACACUUCCAAUGUGUGAUCCAAGUAUGUCGAUACAAUUGCCCAGAGCCUAAAUGCGCCGGACACGGUUUUGGUUUAGUUGGAGAAUACGGUCCACCCCCACCUUUGGCUGGAAACUCACUUGGAACAGGCGAAUACGGCCCACCACCAGUAGCUAAUGAAUACGGAGGUGGUGAAUAUAACUUCCCACAAGGAUACCCAGAUCCAAGACAUCCUUCAGGACCUACAGGAGCAUAUUCAGAACCAAAUGAGAAUGUUGUUCCAGCACCACAAGCGCAAAUCUCACAAUCUUCAGAUUCAAAGGAUUCAAAAUCGUCUUCCUCAUCAGAUUCAAACACACCAAAUCCAAACAACAACAACGAAAUUCAUUUGCCCCCACCACCUCCUCCAGGACAUCACGGUCAAUAUAACACUGUCCAACGGAAGAGUGGUUUAGCCGAUGAAUUAUUAGAUAGCCAUGGUGGUAAUUUAGCAACAUUAGGCGGUCGACCACGAUCAGUUGAGAAUCUUUCCGAAGAAUUACGUGGGGCACGAAGACGUCGCCAUAGUAACGAACCCUACGAAACAAUGACAAUUGUAGUAAAUCGUGUUUAUUCUCGAGAACGACGAGAAACUGCUCAAGAAAUGACUGAUGUAAAUACAAGUAGAACAAUUCAAGUAGUCGCACCAGGUGAUGUAAAUUUCGCCUUAAACUCAGCACCAAAUAACGAGACCGUUGUCAUUCAAUCCGCUUCAUCGAAUGUCAACGAUUCAGAAACAAUUUGUAUGUCAUUGCCAAGUUUCGUAGCUGGAUUAGUAAUGUUAUUGCUAGUACUUAUCGUAGCUAGUUUAGUAGCCGCAUUUUUGUUUAUCCGUGUACGUGCUAUCGAUCGCAAAGGUGCAGUCACAACAUUCGUAAAUGCGAGACCUUACGAUAAUGCCGAAUUUGUUAAAGUUACGAAUUAG